AUGUUUUCCACAGCAGUCCUCAUUUCAGCUGCUUGGAUUUCCACUGCCCUUGCAGGACCAUGGGCUAACAUGUGUGCCAGCAAAUCUGCCAAUGAGAUCCGGACAUGUGACAGCUAUGGCUGUGGACAGUAUUCUGCUCAAAGAAGCCCCAGGCAUCACCCAGGUGUGGAUGUACUCUGCUCAGAUGGAUCUAUUGUGUAUGCACCAUUCACUGGGACGAUAGUGGGCCAGGAGAAACCCUAUAGAAGCAAAAACGCCAUCAAUAACGGCCUGCGACUGUCUGGAAGAGGUUUCUGUGUCAAAAUUUUCUACAUUAAGCCAAUUAAGUAUAAAGGUUCUAUCAAAAAGGGAGAGAAACUGGGCACCCUGCUGCCCUUGCAGAAAGUUUACCCUGGCAUACAGUCGCAUGUACACAUUGAAAACUGUGACUCCAGUGAUCCCACUGCAUACCUCUAG